CGGUUUCGUAUUGAAAAGCUGGUGAUUAAUUAAGUGUAUCAGCUGUCGUGUUUGAGGCCACAAGCGGUCGGUUGAACUCCAAAUAUCACUCUGCGCCAUUGCUCAGCAUAACCAUGGCCGGAAUGUUGACCUACACUGCGGCUCCUGCAUUCUGGCCGGUGUCGUCAAACAGAGGCAGCAACGGCGGAGUAUUCAGGGUGAAGUUAUCAGCAUCGAUAUCUCCGCCGCCCAAUUUCAAGGCGCCUUCGCCCAAACCAUUCUCCAUCCGCCCCGAUAGGGUUUUCGACAUUAUGGGGGCUUCUCUCGCUUUGCUCUUUCGCCUCACCACUAGUGUGCUUGUCUCCGGGUAUUCUGUGAACCUCGUGCCAGCAUCGGAGAUUCCACCUGAUCAGUAUGCUCUAGGAUUUGCUGGCUUUAAGUUGAAGGAGACUUCAAAGUUAGGCCCUCGCCCUGAGAAGCCAAUUGAGAUUUAUGAAUUUGAAGGCUGCCCAUUUUGUCGCAAGGUUCGAGAAAUUGUUGCAGUUUUGGAUCUUGAUGUCUUGUAUUAUCCUUGUCCAAGAAAUGGCCCAAACUUUCGUCCCAAGGUUUCCCAAAUGGGUGGCAAACAGCUGUUUCCCUACAUGGUGGACCCAAACACAGGAGUUUCUAUGUAUGAAUCUGAUGACAUAAUCAAGUAUCUGGUUGGAAACUAUGGUGAUGGCACUGUACCAUUGCUGCUCUCUCUUGGUCUCUUAACUACUUUAACAGAGGGAUUUGCUAUGAUUGGUCGAAUUGGGAAGGGCAGUUUGUACACUCCUUCAAAACUACCGCCUAAACCUCUAGAGAUUUGGGCGUAUGAGGCAUCGCCAUUUUGCAAAGUCGUACGCGAAGUACUUGUGGAGCUGGAGCUACCUCACAUACUUCACAGUUGUGCUAGGGGCAGCCCGAAACGUCAAAUCCUUUUCGAGCGAGUUGGACAUUUUCAGGUCCCUUAUUUGGAAGAUCCAAACACAGGAGUGGGGAUGUUUGAGAGUGCAGAAAUCGUUGACUAUCUAAAGGCAACUUAUGCUCUUUAAGUGUAUAGGAUUGUGUUCACAUUAUUGUGUUGAUAGAAAAUCACUGUAACUACAAACAAAUUUUCAUAUUUUUUGUGAUUCAUUAUAUAUAAAGCAGCUUUCUUCCAAAGAA